AUGGCGCAGCAUAAUGAUGAGACAACUAUUUGGCAAGGAACAACAUGGCCUCUUGGUUGUUUAUCUCCUUUAUGUUGUAGUUCGGUUCGUUGGAGAAUAACAAACAAAAGAAUUGACUCCGUUUCGGGUUGUUGUGGCUCGACUGAACACACCGUGGAUAUUCGCCGGAUCACCGAUUUGGGUUUUCAUCGGUCAUGCCUUCAAAUGCUUUCUGGUCGAGGAACCUUAACAAUUCAUGUUGCAGAUCAACCUCCUUUAUCCGUUACAUCAUUUGGUAUGAAAGGCGCGUAUACAAGAUUGAAAGAAGCAUGGCUGGCUACUAAAGGCGUUGUUGCUGUUUUCUACGAUGUGUCUGUUCGCAUUAAAAGAUUCUGA